GUCUCCCCACACUGCUGCUGCUGGGGGUCUUUUUAACCUAGGCCUGUGCCUGUGUAUGGCCUUCAAUUGAAGCUGCUUCUGCUCCGCCACUCUGCCAUUGGACUCUUGAUAGUCGUCUCCCCACACUGCUGCUGGGGGACUUUUUAACAUAGGCCUCUGUAUGGCCUUCAAUUUAAGCUGCUUACGCUUCGCCACUCUGCCAUGGGCCCCUGUACCGCCUCCUCUUGCUGCUGCCAGGUCCAGAGUGUGUCAUGGGUCCCUGUACGGCCUCCCAUUGCUGCUGACUUCAUCGCCAGACUCUGCCAUGUGCCACUUUCAGGUCUCCUUACACUGUUGGUGGGUUCCAUUUUGUGAUAGGGUGCUG